AUGAAGCCUCUUCUUGCCUUUGCACCGGCGCUCCUGGUGGCGCUGGCUUGCCUGGCAACGGCGUUUCCCGAGGCGCGUCCGGGCGGCGUCUGCUGCGGGGGCAGCCGCGGAGGCCGUGGCCGAGGCCGCGGCUUCGGCAGAGGUUUCGGAGGCGGACGAGGCCUCAACUUGAAGCUGGGCGGAAGCAGCGGCAGCAGCGUCCUCGGCAGCGGGUCGAGCUUCAGUGGCAGCAGCAGCGGAGCCUUCGGAACAGGGUCAGGCUUCAGCAGCAGUAGCAGUGGCUUCAAUACUGGAGGAGGAGGAGGCUUCGGCGGUGGCGGAUUAGGAGGAUCCGGAGGAGGUGGAGGAUCCGGAGGCGGCGGUGGAUCAGGUGGAGGCUCCGGCGGCAGCGGCGGAGGCGUCUGCUGUAGCUACAAGAGCUGCAGCCACCUCCUAGAGGACCUUCUCCGCAACGACGACCGCCGUGGUGACCUUCGUGUCCACCAAGGCCUGCAGCUGAUCGACGGCUUCCUGAAGGAUCUUCGGUGCUCCGCUGCUGCUGCUGCUGAAGCUCGACCCGCUGCCGAGGACGCUGCUGCCGCUGCUGCUGAAGCUCGAGCCGAAACCUCCACCGCUACUGCCUCCACCUCCGAGCCUCCACUCCCCGCCUCCACUUCCUCACCUCCAAAGCCUCCACUUCCUCCAAAAGCCGCCUCCUCCAAAUCCUUUGAUCGAGAACCUUCCGCCCAGCUUCAAGUUGAGGCCUCGUCCGCCUCCGAAACCUCUGCCGAAGCCGCGGCCACGGCCACGGCCUCCGCGGCUGCCCCCGCAGCAGACGCCGCCCGGACGCGCCUCGGGAAACGCCGUCGCCAGGCAAGCCAGCGCCACCAGGAGCGCCGACCCUCGGCGGCGCACCCAGAAGGAACGACCGGCUAUAAAUACUCGCCGAAGGAGUCCUCUCUCGCCACAGCCUCCACGGAUCUCCAGCGAACGUCCAACAUGAAGCCCUUCACUGCUGUGGCGCCGGCGCUCCUGGUGGCGCUGGCGUGCCUGGCGACGGCGUUUCCCGAGGCGCGUCCGGGCGGCGUCUGCUGCGGGGGCAGCCGCGGAGGCCGAGGCCGUGGCCGCGGCUUCGGCAGAGGUUUCGGAGGCGGACGAGGCCUCAACUUGAAGCUGGGCGGAAGGUUCUCGAUCAAAGGAUUCGGAGGAGGCGGCUCUGGAUACGGCGGAGGCGGAGGUAGCGGAGGCUUCGGAGCAGCAGCGGCAGCAGCGUCCUCGGCAGCGGAUCGAGCUUCAGUGGCAGCAGUAGCGGAGCCUUCGGAACAGGGUCAGGCUUCAGCAGCAGUAGCAGUGGCUUCAAUACUGGAGGAGCAGGAGGAGGAGGCCUCGGCGGUGGCGGAUCAGGUGGAUCCGGAGGAGGUGGAGGAUCCGGAGGCGGCGGUGGAUCAGGUGGAGGCUCCGGCGGCAGCGGUGGAGGCGUCUGCUGCGUCUAUAACAAGGGGUGGUAAGCGGCUCAUACCCAAAGACAUCUUAGAAACCGCUGUUCUGUCGCGGCGCCUUCCUGUGUCCGAAUAA